UUCCUGUUCCGGCGCAGCUCAGUUCCGGUUCCGGUGCGGUGCCCCGGUGACCGCCGGUGCUAUGGGCGCUCACCUGGCGCGGCGCUAUGGGGGGGGGGCGGACACGGAGCCGGACCCGCUGGCGAUGCCCACGUUCCCCGUCGACCUGGGGCUGCCCGAGCGGGAACCGCGCACCAUGGUGGCCACAGCUCAGCAGUUGUCGGACGGCCGCGUCCCGUUGGCACAGCGUGAUUUCUGUGCCCACCACCUCCUGCGCCUGAUGCGCUGCCGCCGUGACGCCUUCCCCAGCCUAUGGCAGUGCCAACACCUGAGGCACCAAUGGGACAGCUGCGAGCACCAAGAUUAUGUGAUGCGCAUGAAGGAAUUUGAGCGUGAGCGGCGGCUGCUGCAGCGCCAGAAGCGGAUCCGGGAGCGGGAGGCGGCAGUGGCUGCAGAGUGACACCCGUGGGGACCCCCACCCAUGGGACACCCACCCUCUGGGUAAUGCUGGGCACGGAAUAAAGCUCCAAACGUGACCCCGUGUCCUUGGGGACAGUGACACACACACACA